AUUAUGUUCGAUGUACCGCCCAAGUUCUACGAGCUGUGUCGCCUUUGUUUAUCGUCGGACGGUGUCAAAUUGUCCAUAUUCGAAGAGGAAGGCGCCCAGCGGAACUUCGCCGAUAAGAUACUGACGUGCCUCUCGAUUACGGUAAAAGAUGGAGAUUCUUUGCCACCAAUCAUUUGUCACCGGUGCGUGUACAAGUUGGAUGUACUGCACAACUUCCGUGAAGUGUCACACAAAUCUGAUGUCAUACUCAAACAGUACCUGGAUUAUGCCAAGCAGUUAUCAUCACACGAUGAUCAGAAGAAAUCUUUCUCCACUGCCAAAGUAGCAGGCUUAAGUCCUCUACAGUCAUUUCUCCAAUUGAACAAAACAUUGUUCAAUGAGGAGCCUAACUCUCCGGCCAGCAUUAAUCAAAACGUUAUACCUCAGACUCAAACACAUCAUUUGGAGUUGUGCACCAAUGACAUGCCUGAGCAUGAUAACAUUAAGUGUGAACCAGAAGAUGAUACGUGUUCAAAUAGUUCUGAUCCAGACAGAUUAGAAAUAGAAGAUCGAGAUGAGCAGGAUACUGAGGGGGAAGAAAAUGGUUAUGAUAUGACCAUUAACAAAAGAAUGAAAGUAGAAACAAAUUAUGAAGAAUCAAAAACGAGUACCCCUAAUCGCAGUCCAGUAAAUAGAAUGGAUACACCAGAAAGUAAUUGUUCAGAUACAAAUAUUGAUCAAGAAACAACAAAGUUGUGGCAAGCAUUAGCAAACAACAGGAGUUUAGAGAUUACUAGGACGAAUGGUGACAAACUAAAUAAUGGAUUUACUGGUGAAGCAACUAAUUUACUGCGUUCCUUGAUCAACAACAGACAAAUCGGUAUUACUGCCGUUGAUUCGGACAGAAUAUCUCCGCAAAUUAGGUUUUACAGAGACACCCAAGGGACAACGAUCGAACGUACUGUACCCGACUGUUCUGUACUCGGCAAUCGUACUAAUGUUUCGUGUAUAGAAAAUAAGGGUACAUCCGUGGACAGUAAUCCGUCGAGCCCUGCCAGUAUCGGUCGGAAGGAGACCAAGUGUCGUAGAAAACAAAGUUAUCCUAGUAAAGCUCCAAUGAGUCCAGACGUCGUUAAUUAUCAACACGAAUCUAAUGAAGAGCAAGCACAAGACUUUACAGCGUGGUCAAAUAAAAUGAAGGGAAAGGUGGAGGACCAAAAACAACAAUUCGAUCAACACAGUGGUAAUAUGGCGAAAAAGGUAGAUAUGUCCUGUACAAAUUGCGGCACCAUGACCACAACCAUUUGGAGAAGGAAUAUGAAGGGGGAAAUGGUUUGUAACGCUUGUGGACUCUAUUAUAAACUGCAUGGAGUAAAUCGUCCAGUUACCAUGAGAAGGGACACGAUACAUACACGCAGACGCAGACCCAAAGGCGAGAAACCGACAAGGCAUAGAAAAAAAGGUGACUCAAUUUUGGCAUCACAAUCAGAGCAAAUGGAUGCGGAAAGUGCGGACAUGUUGGCAGCUCUUCGGCGACAAAUUCAACCCCAUUUAAUGAUGGCUGCAUUAACGCCACCACGUAUACCUGGUGCCCAUCCACCAGCCCCUACCGCUCAACUUAAUUAUUCUCUUCCCUUACCUAGUUAUAUGAUGCAUCAUGUAAAGGCAGAAGGGCGAGAACAAUGUCAUUUAUCCACGGAGGUAGAAGAAACUGAAGCAGGAGAUGAAGAGAAUGUCUCGGACGUACCAUUGAAUUUGGUUGCGACGUCGUUAUCCGAAGAAGCACACUGAAAACACUUCGACCAGCUUCAGAACGACUUCGCUAUAGGUAUAUAUAUACAUACAUAUAUAUACAUAUAUAUAUAUAUAUACAUAUAUAUACAUACAUGUAUAUGCAUACAUAUAUAUAUGUAUAUUAUAUUAUAUAUAUACAUACAUAUAUAUAUAUAACAAAGAAUCUCUAGACAGAAUAGUCUGUCCGGUGAUACACAGGGUGUAAAAGACGAGAUUGUUCUCCUUCUCCUUUCUGUCACUGAUUCUCGUCCAUGAUUCUCUUUUUUGGACUCUCCUUUUCUCUCUUUUCCUCUUUUCCACGGUCUCGAGAAAUUUGAAGUGGUAGAAUAUUGGGAUGUGUAUUUAUCCCUUGAGCUACCAAGCCCGUGGUGCAGAGCGCACGAAGGAACGAUGAUAUUAAAUACGCAGUAUUAAUUACGUGGUUAUUCAAAAUAUGUACAUAUAUAUACACGAUAUAUACGAAUACGAAGAAUAUUUUUAUACAAAAUUUUCUACGCUUGCAGCUAUAGAGAGCGACGGGCGAUCGUUGUACAUACACGCGCAAAUUGUUCUUUCGGUGUCGCACGUAUUUUACGCGUUAAAAAGGAAUGGUGGUCGUUGUCUGUUUUCUUAGUGACGUAAGAAAUUCAGUCACCAGUGAAAGUUUUUAGAACGGUGCUAGAUUACUGUUCGAGAAGGCUUAGAAAUAAAGAAGAAGAAGCAAAAAAAUGAAGAUUUGUCACUAAAAGAUUAGUGAACAAAAUUUAACCGUUUUGUUCCACGGGCUUUUAGCUGUCAGUGAUGUUACAAUCAUAAUUGUCUCGUUGUUUUGCGUAAUAUUCAAACUAAAAAACGAACGUCCCUCAACUGAACUCAACUAGUAAUCAAAAUCUAUUUUUAAUUGGAUUUAAUAACGAGCGAAGUCUUAUUAAUCCAAACUGAAGAAAUGGAAGGAAAUCAAUGGAACAGAAAAACAGAAAAAAAAAUGUGGCAAAUAUUUACUAAAGAAACAAAUAUUCGAUACAUAUUUUAUAACUUGAGCUUUGCCACAUUACAGUUUUGCCAGUAUCAUUUUUAAAGAUUAUAUUCUAGUGGCCUUUCAACGAUUCAUCUCUUUUCUCUUCCCCUUUUUAGCUCUUAUUGCAGUAAAUGCAGAUAAUUUAAUUACAGAUACAAUCUUAAUUUAGAUGAUGUAGAUACUUUUUUACAUGAGCACGAGACUGCCGGUGUAAACACAUUUAAAUACUCUUUCUACCAUUUACGUAUUUUUCCCCCUCCCUUCUUCUCUACGUAUUGAAAAAGCUUGUCGACUGUUCAUGCAGUCGCCGAUGAUUUGUACUUAAUAGACAAGGCAGCACACCACCAUAUAAGCUAAGACUCCGAAAGCAAUAAAAACGCGAUGGUACGUAGAAUAGAUUGUCGUCAUACAAUACUCGUUUGCGUGCUCUCUCGACGGCAUACAUAAAUUUCAGGAACUAAUACUUAGAUAACAUUCAUUUAUAUGCCAGACGUUAAAAAUAACAAAUUUUAUUGCUCCACAAUUGCUGUAGGUAUGUUUCACAUAUUCCUCAGUCUCCCUUUAAAUUUCUUCCUUAACUCUGUUUAAUUUUAUUUUCAUAUUGUAAAAAAGCCAAGAAAACAAUGGAUAUUUUGAUGUAGAUAAACAAAAUUGUUCGUUUUUCUAAGGGUUAUCACUGAUCUAUAUUUUCCAGAAUGUACAGAUCACACAUUAAUAAACAGGUAUUAAGCAACCCUAAAUACCACUUAAUACGAUGGCCAGUGCAUCUACUCAUGUAUCGUUAUAUCUAACAUUGUAUACCUAAACAACUUUGCCAAAAAUAGAUUUAGUCUAUGUAACAUAGAGUAUAGUUAAGGGCAUAUGAUAAAAAUUAACGUUUUAUCUUUCUCUUUUACAACCUCAUACACAGCAUUUACAUAUUUCUCCUUUAUUUUUCUCCCUCUUCUUAUAGCUCUUCUUAUCAGUGAUACCUCUUGGCAUACACUGCUUUACAGAGCUUUUAAAUUCACUUACAGUGAUUAGUGGAGCAACUUAGUUUUAGUCGUUAUCAAAGGAGCCUUAUGGAUACACUCGUAUAAAUAUAUAUAUACAGACACAAAUGAUACAGGCAUAUUACACAUACACUCAUACAAGUUUUACAUACAUAGAUACAGUGUUCUAUGUUAUUAUACGAGUAUGAAUGAUACCACAAAUCAAUGCUAUUGCUUUCCUUUUUUAAACUUUUAAAUCUUUAAGCUUUUAACUUGUACUAAGAUUAUGAAAAUAAAUAAUACAUUCGUAUUUUAUUUCGUAUUUUUUAGAAUUUUCAAUCAAAUCUCCGAACGAUUACGGUUUAAUGCAUAACAAAAGCUAAUUUAUAUACUCUAUAUUUUUAAUGUAUAUAAUAUUGUUUUAUACAUAUUUUUUAAAUAUGAAUGGCAUUGAAGAUGUGGUAUCUUUACAUUGAUAACACGAGUAUUGGAGGAAGAGGCAUAAACUAUGAUGAGGUUUCACAAUAGUUGCGAUCCAAAUAACAGAUUGCUAAACUUUUCUCUUGUACGUCGAAAUGAUCCUUCCAUUUAGUACGUAUUCGAUACACUUCCUGUUUUAUAAGCAGGUUGAGAGGUAACAUAUCUUUUAAAUAAGUCUUAACAAGUGUAUAUUCUACGUAUUUUAUUUACUUUUAUUGUAAAACGAAUUUGUAAAUAUCCUUCAAAAUUUCAGUGUCUUUUUUACAGACAUCAGUUGUAUGAACUGUAAAUUUCGUAUAGGUAAAACACUUUUCUAUUUUUAAGCGGUAUAUACUACUUAUUUAAAAGAUACGUGAUACACAUUUAGGCUUAAACAUCUUACUAAGGGACGAAAGUAAUCAGUUACUAAAGUACGUAGGGCCUUGACUUCUCUUGGUCAAGCUAUAGAUCGCCAGUCUUUUUUAAAUUCUGUUGAUAGAACAUUUUAGAAUACCAUUUUUUUAAGUGUACCAUACGCGAAGAGAAUGAACUUAUUUAUGAAAUAACAUUGAUAGAAAGAAGUGAAAGCAAUGGACAGUUAUUUUGUUAGGCAUUUUUUUUCUCUCAGUUAUAAAUAUUUGGCUCGACGUAGCUUGUUAAAUAACAAAAAAAGCAUAACUAUUAUUAUCCUUAUAUUUUUUUUAAUUACUAUUAUUAUUAUUAUUAUUAUUAUUAUUAUUAUUAUUAUUAUUAUUAUUAUUACCAUUGUAGAUGCGUAAGUAGAAUUAGAUUUGAGCUCUCUACUAAUUCUGAAACUAGAGGAUAUUUUUUAUAAUUAUUAGAAUCGAGAAAUCGAGUAUUGCUAUUAUAUAUAUAUAUAUAUAUAAAUACAUUAAUAUUAUUGAUAUAUCGAUUUCAUUAAACGUUAAGGACAUUACGAUCCUUUUUAAAUAAGGUUUAGUUGCAGGACCGCCACUCGUCACGACUCGUUUCUUUUCUUUUUUUUUUUUUUUUUUUUUUAACAAUAAUGAACGAAAUAAAAAAAUAGCUGAGGCUUCUUAUAGAAUUUUUUUUUAUGUAUCAGUAUUCUACGCGUUUGACUUUAGCUGUUAAGAGUUUUAACCAACACUACUUAAAGGAAUCCCCGAUGGCGAGAUUUGUCUUACUUAAUUAUUAAAUUAUUUAGUUAUUUUCCCUCUUGAGUCCUUCCCGUGUCCUUUUACUCCUAUUUUCCCCCCAUCCUUUUCCUUCGUCCUUGUUUUGUACGUCUAUUUUUACAUAAGUGACCCUCCCCUGAAUAAUUAUUUAAACUAUAAUUUAUUGUAUUCACCGUUUUUUGCACCGACGUUAACGUAAGACAUUUUCUUUUUUUUUUUUUUUUUUUUUGGCAACGACUGGCUUAAUUUAUUGUUUCUACAUUGUACUUUAUACGAGUUUCGCUCUCUCUUUUUUCUUCUUCCUUCCUUUCUUUCUUUCUCUUUUCUUUCCUUUGCAUUCUUUCUUUUAUCUUUUGUAAAAUGAGAAACAGAACAAUUACACGCGUUAGCUAGUAAUGAUCAGGCACUGCGCGUGUGGUCAUUCCCACCUUUUCUGCGAGACACACUCGGUUUUAUGCGGUACGAGAUGCGGACGGUCAAUGCUUUAGGUGCCUUCACCUGGAGAUUUCGUUGAAUACAGAUGCUCACGUGCACGUUACUAACGCGUUAAAAACGCCACUUAUUGUAAUGAUUUCUACUCUCGAUCCAUCCGCUUCUCUCCUCACCCUCGCGAAACACGUGUGCCUCUACGAACUAUUGAUAUUUCUUCAAAUUCGAGUCGCUUAUUAACGGGUACGAGAAAAAAGAAAAAAAAAAAAAACGAAAAAAGGAAGAAAGGAAGAGAAAAAUAGUCAAUGACCGUCUGAUUAUAUACGGUAUGCGUAUGUAAUUAAUUACCGAAAUGGUGAGCUGGAGUGAGAUCAAAGCGAUGGAUCGAGAGUAGGCGAGAUCACUGCGAGGUGCUUCGUCACCACGUGCACAUCUUUGUUGUUAAUCUUCGAUGAUCAUAGGAAGCGGUUCUUUUAGAAAAAAAGUCGCGGCUACGGAGCAUCUCGUGUCCACGAUGAACAAAUGUAUACGAAAGUCUCGAGGAUAAGAAACAAAAAUGAUAUGAGACAAAGAAAUGCAUAAUUGUACAUGACAAAUAGAGAGAGAGAGAGAGAGAGUGUGAGAGAGAGAGAGAGAAGGGGUUUUCGCGGAAAGAUGGAAAAUGUAAAAUAAAUAAGGGGUGAAUCGUCGAUACCUCUCUGCGGCUUGCGUUGAAAAAUAAUUAAUUAUUAACUCGCAGCACUGUUCCGUCCGUCUGCGCGACCGUGAAUCUUUUGAUUUCACCGAGAUUUCCUUGGUCGAAGUCCUAAGUCACACAUAAAUACACGUAUUACACACACACGUACACGUACACACACGUGUGUAUAUAUAUAUAUAUACACACGUUACACGCGUAGAGGCGCGCAUUAAACAUACACAAUUUACAUUAAUGCAUAAGAGAAACUUACGUACACACGAUAAGUAUAUAAACGGUGAAGAGAAGAAGCGAUAAUAGAGGCGUAAAUCGUAAAACAUUGUGAAAAAGGUUUAAAAAAAAAAAAAAAAAAAAGAAUAAGAA